AUGGAGCCGACGUUAAAAAAUCUGCUGUCUUAUGCCCUAACCUACUUUUCAUUGCUCUUCCAUGGGCCGAAAAUUCAUCGUAAGGAUUUCUCUAAAAUUUCUACAUUGAUUUUUUUAUUUUUCAAAUUUUUUUAGCCUUCCAUUACCAAUUAUUGGCCCCAUCUUCGCCAGAAAUCCUAAAUCAGGAUGUGUUUUCGGAUAAGUUUGAGAGCACUGUGGUUUUAAUGAAUGCUACAAUUUAUCCCGACACUUUGAAGAAGGAUCAAACUCAGGAACAGAUGUCAGAGAAAUUGCGAAAACUUUUUGAGGAAGAGGUGCUGAUGUGGAAGGCAAAGACCGGAAAUCGGACCGAAGAUAUUGUAUUCAUGCCGGUGAUCACGGUCAAUAAGACCAAAUUCGAUACUGAACAGGUGGGUUUCAGUGUGGGGAAUACGUCGACAGUACUGGUCAACACAAAAUCGAUCGAAAAAGGGGGGGGGGCAGGUGGUCACACAAAAAAAGGUGGUAGGAAGUCUUGUGAGGCCUGUAAAGGCCGUUUGAUGGUCGGCGAAAGCUCGGCGAAGACUUGGCGAAAGCUUGAAAGAUGUCCACUUUUUCUCAUUCUAGUUAUUGCUAACGUUAGUUUUUGCUUUAUCCUGAGCUAUUUUAACAUCUAAAACACCAAAAUUUACGGCAAAAAACGAAGAUCCAUGACAUUUAUCUAGGUGUUAUUGAUGUGAUCUCAUAUAAAAUCCCUCAAAAUAGGUGAUAAGCUAUCCUAGAACCCGAUCGAUCUUAUUAUUUCUACCAACUAAGCCUUCUCCUAGCCUCCCCAUGCAUACAACGGCAAACCGACACGAUUAUAUUAUAGUAUCGUUGACCCAAAAUGUCGCUAAUCCGAAAACCCGUAGCGCCUGGGAAUACUGUAACGGGACUGUAAAAAGGAAGUAAUUUCUGUUCAAAAUAUCUGGAUCAUCGCUUUUUGAGAGGGAUUUUCUUCAAUAAUGGCUUAAAAUUUUGUCUUUUUUCGUUUGUAGACCAUAUUAGGAACGUCGUAUUUUAAAAAUUUUUCGAUUUUUUCAAAUUCAAGCUCAUGUUUUAGCUUCUCCAACAAAUCCGCGCGGACUACAACACCGUCAAAGCGUUUGUUCGCCAAUUUCUGGAGGAAUCCCGGAAGCAUAAAAUCCCAGUCUCCAAUGUCAUCAUCUCCAUAUACGGCUGGAAUAAUGAGUGUGGAAUCAAGGGAAUGGAGUCGUGUCGUCAACGAGAGAUCAUGACUAGAAAGAUCUUCAACGACUUGGAAAUCAAGACUCAACGAGCAAACGGGACCAUUUAUUUCGUGGGCGACCAGCUCUGGAACGACAUCAGCCUGAGGACAUUGAUCCAUUUGAAGGGCGGAAAUGACCCUUCUACCGUAAUAUAA